UUCCUCGAGCUUGAAAUGAGCAAUUUUUUUUGAAUUGAGUCGAAUUAAAAUCGGAUUUAGUCUCAACUUUAUCUCUAGAUGGACCCAAAUUUAGAUUCAUUUGACCAAGGAUUGGCUCGACCACGACGAUCUUACUUUCUUCCAACACCGCAACACAUUUCUUGCCCAGAAAAGCAGGCCCCGUCCACCAUUCUCCCCUCUCUAACUCCAUCAACAAUGGCGGCAUUAGCUCGGCUAUCAAGAAACGCCCUAAAACUUUCACUUCCCCUCCGCUCCCUUUCAACCGCCGCAACCUCAGCCGUGCAAUCCCAGCAACAUUCUCCAAAGAUACAGAUAAUUGAAUCACCAGAUCGAGUGAAAUGGGACUAUAGAGGACAGAGAUUGAUGAUUCCUUUAGGUCAAUGGAACCCUAAGAUUGCUGUUGAUGCCUAUGUUGCUCCUAAUGUUGUCCUUGCUGGUCAGGUUACUGUCUGCGAUGGUGCUUCCGUUUGGAAUGGCUCUGUUCUUCGUGGCGAUCUUAACAAAAUUACUGUUGGAUUUUGCUCUAAUGUUCAGGAAAAGUCUGUUCUUCAUGCUGCCUGGUCUUCUCCUACAGGUUUACCGGCUGAGACAUCCAUUGAUAGAUUCGUGACCGUUGGUGCAUACUGUCUCUUGAGAUCAUGCACAAUAGAGCCAGAAUGCAUCAUAGGACAACACUCUAUUCUGAUGGAAGGUUCGUUGAUAGAGACUCAUUCGAUCCUUGAAGCGAGUUCUGUGGUUCCUCCUGGAAGAAGGAUUCCUACCGGUGAACUCUGGGCUGGUAAUCCUGCCAGAUUCGUGAGAACAUUGACUCAUGAAGAGACCCUAGAGAUCCCUAAGCUUGCUGUUGCUAUCAACGACCUGAGCAAAAGUUACUUUUCCGAGUACCUCCCAUACUCGACUGUAUAUUUGGAGGUCGAGAAGCUAAAGAAGAAGUUGGGACUUAAUAUUUGAAUCAAUUUUUGUUUAGGACAUUUUCAAGUUCAUGGUAUAAUCUUCAUCAUCUCCGAAAUAAGCGUAGUAUAUGUAUAACUCGUUUAACAUGAUUUUUGAGCUCUGUAUUUUCCGAAAAGUUCUAGUAAAGUGUCGAAACGAUGAUAUACAAAUGAAACAUGGAUUUUUCCAUGUAGUAUUUUGUAGUGAUUUUGCUUCAUUAAUUUGAGGCUUUGAUUUAUAUAAAUCCUUGCUUUAUAGCUGAA